AUGUCCUCGCCUCGUGUUCCCGACCGGAGGGCUGAUCGCGGUGCACGCGGCGGCGAACUCACAGUGGGCGUGCAUUCACGGGGAGACCUGGCGUGGGACAAUAACACGGGUGACGUGAGACAGAGCACCACCAUGAGCAGCAAACACGUGACCUGCAGGUACUGGCGGGGCCACAAUCACUGUGUAUAGCUAUGGGGGGCAGAGACACAAUGUGGAGUUUAUAGAGAGAGCUGAGGGUCACCGGUAAGUGCACUGCAGGUGGGUGGGGGUCAGUGUUAUGAUCCGGGGUAACAGGGCAGGUUAUGGUUACAUACAAUAGAGCAUGAAGAGCAUCUGGGGUUUUUAAUUAUAUUGUUUUACUGACCAUGUUAUUGCCCCAGAUAUGUUUGUUUCCUUCUUUUUUUAUAUUAUUCAUAUACUAUCCAUGUUUUCAGUCUUGCCCUCAAUACCUCAAGCUGGCAUGUUGUUUCCCCAGGGAUUCACUUUCUCUGUCAUCUGUGGGCAGAGAAAGUGCUCCCCCGCCACCCCCACUGGUUAGAUUUCACUUUUUUUAAUUUUUUUUUUUUUUUAGUUUUUUUUAUUUUGUUGUAACUGUUUUCAGUAUGAUCUUUAUCAUGAACUGUCAAUAUGAGUUUUAUGUCUACAAUUUGCUAUGGUGAUGUUAGGUUGUUAUAAGUAAUAUUAUUAGAUCAGUGGGGUUUUCAAAGUAAAAGUAACCUGCAAAUUUUAUUGGUGUCUGUAGAUAUUUCAUACAUGGCGUUUGCCGUGAAGGAUCAAGAUGCCUGUUUUCCCAUGAUCUAACUGCAAGUAAACCAUCUACUAUCUGCCGGUUUUACCAGAAGGGCCUGUGCACCUAUGGCUCCCGCUGCAGGUAAUAAAAUAACUGUGCCAAUGUUCUUGGAGUGGACUGCAUUAGAUUCAGGUUACACUUUAACCACAUUUUAUUUCCUCAUCUACAUGACAAUCCAAUUGUGCAACAAUUUAAAAUACUAGGUUAGAUUUUGCAGAUUGAAUGUUGUGGUACCAACAAGCGUUCUUGGAGAGCUUUGUAGAUUUUCUCUUCAUUUUCUCCCUGCAGAAUAAGUUAUCUAACAGCUCCUGCUGUGGAGGUUUUGUUUGAGGUGGUUAUCAGUUUUUUUUCCCCCUGGUUCCCUGCACUGAUUUUGGGCUUGGAAGCUUACUGGACUUGGGGGCUCUGCCUGGGCCUAAGGAAGCAUGGCCCUUGGGCCUUCCUCCCCAGCCUGGGGAUGGAAGGUCAAGCUAGACAAACUGCAAGAAAGUCUGCCCUUUGGGGAAGGUAAAGUGGAUACCAGGAGCCUGUCCUGGACUGAACACCAGGCCCUCUCCCGGCAAGUAAGACCGCAAGUUACCCAGUUGGAAGAACUGGCGGGGGGAUGGCAAGCAAGCUUGCUGCUUGGAAGAAGGGAGUGGGGGUCCUCCAGGGAGCCACGGCCCAUACCAGGGCCGAUAUCCAGCUGCUCUCUGGGUUGCUGGCUGAUUGCAAGGAACUUGCCAGCGACCGCCUCCACUUCCUGGAGCGGCCCCCCCCCCCUGUCACUGGAUGCAGGAGUGUCCCGGGGAGGAGGUAGUCCCUGAGACCCCCCCUAGGUGGUUGGUACCAGCGAGGCCCCUCAGGCCUCCCUCACCUAUGCUGCGGCUGCAAAGGGUGAGGGGGUUGAGGCUAGGGCAUGCAGAGGGCUACCUUCUGACAGGCUCCGGGGUCUCCUUGUGUCCCUGAAGGCCCAGCAUGCCGAGGCGGAUGCGGGCCUUGCUGGGGUCCAGGCAGAGCUCAAGGAGAGGAGAGAGAAAUACAGCAGGACCUCUAACCACAAAAGAGGUCCUGUGAGGGCCAUUAUAGCCCAGAAAAAGCUGGAGGAGCAGUGGCUUUCCUACACCCUGCUCCAAACCGAAUCCAAGAUGGCAGACAUCCAGUCCAUCCUGCAACAGCGGGCCAAGGAGGCAGCGCAAUCCAGGAGGCAGAGGGCCCUUGGGGGUAGGAAGGACAUGUCCCCAGUUGAGGAGUCCAGCAGGGACUCUGAUGCUGACUCCCAUCACUCACCUGGGGUGCAAUGUGUCUCCACCCUUACCACACCGGAGGGCGCAGCUGAGACAGAGAGGAAGGCCAGAGAGAGACAGCGAAGCAGAAUGGUAAGGACAGAAGGGAGAAGAGUGGAAGCUGAAACGUGCAGGACAGGGGUCGAGGGAUGAUUAAGGAGUCUCUCCUCAGGUUUGGUGACGAGCUUGGGGAGGGCUCCGUUGGAAAAGGAAAGAAAAAAGAAGAGAAAGAACAUCGCCCAGCGUCAGCCUGAGACCCCUGUCAGGGGGUCUGGAGAUUCCACGGAGGAGGGUGAGUGCUCCCCUGCCGAGUUUGUAUACCAUGAGGAGGCCUUCCCGGCCUUGCAGACGCCUGGGGCCAGGGAUACUAACCCCACAGGUGGCAACACCUGUGUGCCCCAGGAGUCUGCCCGCCCUGCCUCUGUGGAAGUACCUGGGCCCCCCACCGCCCUCCAUGGUGACAGGGAGACCAUCCCUGCCGGUACUGUGGUGGGUACCGGUGAUCCCAUGGAGGGGCCCUUCCCACUCCCUUCCUUCCCUCUGACCUUCCUCUCAAUGUGGCUGCGUCCUCCGGUGUGGCUGGACCCUCUGCCUCCUGUCCUCAGGCGGCUGCUGGGCAGGAUGGCACCGCUGGGUUCCGUCUGGAGCAGGGUGAUGUGGAAAGCCGUUGCUCUAUGAAAGGUGCUGCCUCAGUUCCCGGCGCUGUGCGGCCUGGUGGGGGAAGAUAGUGCCACCGAACCCCCCAGAGGGACUGCUCCUGAAGCGGAGCGGCCCGGUGGGGGGGAAUGGCGGCGCUGUUGGACCUUCCAUGGAGGCUGCUGAAGUAGCUGGGACUGAGCAGCAAGGGAGUAUACAAUGUAAUGGCCCUCCUCUCUCUGCUCCUGCACCAGUAAGUGCUCCAAUUAUUUCCCCCUGUGAGUCUCCUCCCCUGCUUGUUUCCCAGCCUGCUUCCCAAUCAGUGUUCCAGUAUGUCACCCAGUCUGUCUCCCAAUGUGUCCCCCUGUAUGUUUUGGCUAGUGCCUGUGGUGCCGGUGCUGUGGGUACCGUUUUUUACGGUGCCACGGGUAUGGGUGACUCCCAUCAUGCCCCGCCAGCCAUCCUACCUGUGAGGACCACCGGUGGAGGUAAGGAAUGUGUUAAUACUUUGCAAUUUGGCCCCACUGGUGGUUUGGGGAUGGCUGGGGGUGAUGGGAGUUUGAAUAGUAGUGUUAAUAUGUCUAAUUUAAAGGGACCCACUGACCUAAAAUUAAAAGUCCACAGCCAGGUUCACUCCGUUUAGUAACAUUUGCCCCCCUGGUUCUGUUGGUGUCCCCCCUAGUUUAAUUGCCCCCCCUGAUUUAAUUAAUGGGUUCUGUUAUUCCCCCUAAUUCAUCUGGUGCCCUCCCCGUCUCCGCUGGUGCCCUCCCUGGUCCAGCUACCCCCCAUUGUCUGUACUCUCCCCGGUUAUGUUGCCCCCCUCCCUGGUUUUCAUGCUGGUGCACAGGUGAUGGGCACAAGCACCCUGGCAAAGGGUGCCAAAGUUAUGGAUAAUGAUGUAAAUAAAACUGUACAUAAAGUUAUUGAUGCACAAGUAGGUACACAGGUUCCCCUUAGGCACUCCCAAGUUGCCGCCCCGGGUCCCGGUGUGACCGAGACCUCUACUGGUCCUGCGGGGGGAAUCCGCCCCACCCUUUCCCAGGUGGCGGGUCCCAGCGUGCCCAAUGCUUGGGCAUCUGGGCCACCUCGCCUCUCGGCGGGCGGGCCUGCUGCGCGUCCUCAGGUUUCCUUUGGGAACAGGAAGAACGUAGUACGGCUUGUCUGUGGGGGUGAGACCCAGGUGCCUGACAGAAGGUGGCUGGUGGCUCGUCUUAAGGAUAUGGGGUUUGCGCCCGUGGACCUGUACGCGCUCAUCCAUGCCUUGGGCACCCAGGAGUUCGACGUCUCCUUUAUGACGUCGCAGCUCCUGGAUCGCUUCUGGGCUGGAUGGGAGGCGGCCAGGUCUGCACAGGGCUCAAAGUGGGCAGGAUUCUCCGCUGUGGCCAUUUCUCGCCAGGGUCUUAAGGUUACCUUCCUGGUGAGGAAUGAGUCCAUCCUCAUAGCGGAUAUACUCAUAUGGACCAAGAGGUUUGGGGAUGUUAAAUCCCCCCCCUGUUAAGAUCUUAGAUGAUGAUGGGAUAUGGACAGGCGGGUGGACUGUUUCUGUGUUGCUGUGGGAGAUUAGAGGUGUCACACAGCAUAUGCCAAAUAGCUUCUUCAUCGGGGCUGACCGGGUAUCCUGUUCUUACCCUGGUCAGCCCAGGGUGUGCCAUAAGUGCGGAUCGUACAGGCAUUUCAAUAAUGCCUGUACGGUCCUGAAGUGCACUAUGUGCGGCGCUGUGGGGCACCUCCGGGACACCUGCGGGGAGAUCCGGUGCCAUCUGUGUUCAGGGAUGGGACAUGCGUACCGCACCUGCCCCGAAGCCCAGCAUAACGUAGAGUCCAUCUGGAGUCAGGAACCGGUGGAGAUGGAGGAGGUGGACUCUGCUGGGUUAGGGGUUCAGGUAGCGAAGUCAUCUACGGUGCCCAUUUCUGGCACUGGGGUCUCCCUGCCCCAGCAACAGCCCAUCCUCCCCUCGGUCUCAGUACCAUCUCGAGACCCUGGGGUGGCAACUAGUUCACAUCCCCUCACGAAAAGUGUAAAGAGUUAGCAUGUCCUCCACAGCCAUUAUGGCUCCCCCUAGGCCCCCCUCCUAAACCCUCCACGGUGAAGGUUAUCCCCACUGGAAAGUCCUUAGAUGCACAGUCCCUAGAGUGGAGCACGGUGAGGAAGGGAAAGCAUCCCCUUCCCUCCAAGGCCUCGGCGCUGCCCGCGCCCCGGACGACUGCCGAACCCCCUGCGGCGAAACCCCCGAAAGGGGGGAUGCCACUUCUAAGGGCGGUAAGGCAAAGGGGUCUUCCUCCUCUUCGUGCUAGCAGGAGGCCCCAGUGCCCGUAUCUAACAGGUACGAGGCGCUGUCUUCCAGCUGGGCCGACUGUGAGCUCGAGGAGGAGAUGGCGAACCUCCCCGAGGUGGGGGCAGAGGUUGAGGUCGGACAGGAGGUGCCUCUGAGAGACGACGGGCCGCUGUAUCCCGGAGUCUCAGUGAAGAGGUACUGCUCCGACACGGAGGAGGAGGGGGAUCACAGAAGGAAGGGAAAAUCUCCUUAUGCUUAAUACCCUUAUGGCGACAUUUCCUGUACUCUCUGUGGCUACGGUGAAUGUUAACAGCAUUAUGUCCAGCAGGGCCCGCUUUCUGGUUUACGACCACCUCAGCCGGGCUCCGUACAAUGUCCUCUUAGUACAGGAGACCCGGCUGGAAACCCUCGCGGCCCUGCACGCUGCAAAGCGGGACUGGAGAUGGGGACCCUCCUACUUCUCUCUAGCCACAGAGAGAUAUGGGGGAAUCGCCAUCCUAUUUAAGGAAGUUGAUGUUUACAUCAACAGGGUUAUUGAGUUGCAGAAAGGACGUUGUGUGGUUUUAGACGUCUCACUGGGCAGGCAACCUCUCAGGAUGAUUAACAUCUAUGGCCCCCAAACAAAGUGGGAGAGGAAGCGCCUGUUUAGUGAGAUAGAGCCUUACCUUUAUACAUCCCAGCAACUCCUGUUUGGCGGUGAUUUCAACACCAUUACUAGGCCUCAAGACAGGAGAGGCGCCAUUCAGAGGCUGGGGUAUGACUGCAUUUUUUGAAUAAGAUGGUUAGUCAGGCUGGAUUGGUCGAUGUGUACCUUCACCACACUCCCAAUCCCACGGGUGGGUACAUGUAUCACCGAGGUAGCUGUCAGAGUAGGAUAGAUAGGUUUUUCUUUAAGGAGAAUUUCCCGGUGGCAGCACCCGUGCUUACGCCGGUGGAGUUCUCCGACAUCACAUUUUAUCUUGCGACUUGAACGUCCAUAGUACCCCACCUAAAGGUAGAGGGAUCUUGCGGCUAAAUUCAGACCUCCUGGUGGAACAGAGGGUUCAGCAAGCCUUCAUGGAAUUCUUUCACGAUCAGAUGACAUUGGUCGAUUUAGGCCAAACGAAGUCUGAGUGGUGGGAGAUGGUGAAGGCCAGAACUCGAGGGCUGUUUCGCAGUCUUGCCCGAAACAUGCAGUCCUCUAGGUACAAGAUGUAUCUGAGCUUGCUUGGGAGGUUGGAUGUCUUGAUCUCGCAGGUAGGUGACCCUGAGGACAUUGCGGCAGUCAAAGCCCUGAUGAGGAGUUAUCAGUAUGAUAGGUACGCCUCCCUUGUAAAGGAGAGGGAUCAUGGGUCUUACCACUCGCCCGAUCCUCAUCUGAGUUGCAAGCGGAAGGAAGGUACCAAGACUAUCUCUGGUCUGCGGGGCACCGACGGCAUCCUCGAGGAGUCUCCUCGCGGGAUUCUGAAGGUGGUCCGCGACUACUAUAUUGAGCUCCUCGGUAAGGGCAGCCCCCAAUGUGCCGAGGGGGGGGAACAUCACGUGGGAGAGAGGUUGAUAACUUCUUAAGCGAGCUCACCCUCCCCGAGCAUAGCGAGAUCACUAUAGAAGAGGUCACAGAGAGUAUCCAUCAGCAGAACAAGUGUAAAGUCGCCAGGUCCUGAUGGGCUGACGGCUGAGUUUUACUAACAGUUCUACGACCUCUUGGCUCCUCAUUUAACCGAGGUGUUUAAUGAGAGCUUGGCUCGAGGAUUAUUGCCACCCUCGAUGAGGACUUCUGCUCUGAUCUUGCUGACCAAGCCGAACGUGCUCGACACAGCGGAUGUGGGGAACUGGCGCCCUAUAUCCCUGUUAAAUGUUGACCGGAAGGUCCUGGCAAAAUUUUUGAUGAAACGGGUACAGGGCCUAGCGAGGCGUAUCCUAUCCACCUCCCAGUACUGUACAAUCGGGGGACGAACUGUCUUCGAUGCCGUUUUCGAGGUCAGGGAAGCUCUCGAAGUGCAGGGCCGGAGGAAGGGGGAUAUACCUUCUGGCACUUGAUCAGUCCAAGGCUUUUGAUCGGGUCGAUCACCGUUAUCUGUGGUCAGUCUUGCGAAAGUAUGGCUUGCCAGGGAAAUUCAUCAAUUGGGUCAUCACCUUGUACAGAGGGGCCGAAAGCUUCGCUCUUGUGAACGGGUGGAGGGGCAGGACGUUUAGGAUCCGAUCCGGGGUCCGGCAAGGCUGUCCUCUCAGCCUGCUCCUGUACGUGUUUGCAGUCGAUACCUUCAUCCGAAGGGUCGAGGCGAGCAUGUUGCAGGGAGUGGCCAGGGCUCCUGAGAGGCCUUUACGGUUGGUGCCUACGCAGAUGACAUCUCCAUUGUGGUCUCCGACACACGGGAGGCCACGGAGGUGGAUGAUUUAAUCCUAGCGUAUUUUGCCGCUUCAACCUCUCGUAUCAACAGGAACAAGAGUGGAGUUUUCUGGGGCGGGAAGGAGGAGGACCAGUUCCCUUUCCAGACGGUUUCCCGCGGGCCCAGUCUGAAAUUAAAAUCUUGGGGAUGAUGUUCGGACCAGGGGAUCUGGCUCUCAGGAACUGGUCCGAACGGCUUGCCAAAGCUUCCAGCAAGGUGGAGGAGAGCCACAGGUGGAAACUGACGUACAGAGAACGGGUGAAACUGAUCAAAACCUAUGUUCUGACCGUAUUCGGCUAUGUCAGUAACAUCUUCCUUUUGCCCAGGUCCCUCCAUGCUCGGAUGUUUGCGCUGUUCUUCAGCAUGUUGUGGGGGAACAGACUAAACCUCAUAAAGAGAGAGGUAAGACCCCCUUGGCCAGAAAGGCCGAGGUCUGGCCAUGGUCAACCCCAUCGUCUUCUUUACUAACACCUUCCUGAAAAGGAACUUCGGGGCUCUCCUGAAGGACGAGCAGCCUGGCUGGGUAUGUAUGUUCAGGGAGUGGGUCGCACCUUUCCUGGUGGACUGGUUUCGCGGCAUGAAAGUUCGGCAUUCCAGCUAUCUCCUGACUUCGGUCAUCGAGGGAGUGCGGAUUCUCCGCAGGUGGAACGUCACAGUGGAAGAGGUUCGGGAUUCUCCCAAGAGGGUUCUCGACGGGAGGGUCCUGGCCACCCACUUUGGCAUUCAGCUUGCUUUGAAGGACUGCCCGCCAAGUACUCUCGCCUCGGGGUUGGAAAAACAUCAACUCCAGGCGCCUUCCGGAGAAAUUCCGAGACUUGGCGUUUCUCUCCUUCCACGGUAGACUUUACGUUCGAGGGAACUUGAAGUACAGGAACAUAACGGUUGUCCUCGGGUGGAAUGUUCCGGGGAAGUGGAGUCCAUGGACCACUUCCUCCUCGAGUGCCACUUUAACGUACAUUUCUGCAAAGAGGUCUCAGCCGUCUUGGGCAUCCCCUGCUUAUCCCGCUGGACUUACGCGGAGUGGGCCUACGGGACAUCCAACUCACGGGGGAGGGCCUUUAAUUUGAGCACCCUUUACGUAGUCAGUUCGGUAGUUAAGUAUCACACUUGGAUGGCAGUGUCUGGUAUCCCUUCAGCGCAAAGACCUUUCCUGUCAGGUGGUGGUAGCAGAUAUUCUCAGGGCGGUGCGCGGGAUCUAUAACACCGAAAGGGCCUCUAUGGAUCCUUCCAAUUGGCAGCGUUUGUGGCGAAAUCUCAAGGUCCUCCCGCCUUGAAUCGUUCCAUAGAAGCCUUUGUCUUGGUGAAGGGAAUUCAGACUCUGUCUUCACCUUUUCCCCCUUAGAUUUUUGAAACGGUUUUCUUUUCAUGGAAGGCUGCCACAUUUAGCAGACGAGUACCUUCCUCUAUGUGCGGGUUGUAGUGUAGUAUAGUUAGGGUAAGGUUAUGGUUAUGAUGUGAUUUUGGUAAUGGUUAUGUUCUUAUGUUACUAUGUUAUUUAUGCACGGGUGGGUUUAUUUGGUAUUGCUUGGGUUUCUUGUUUAUGUAUUAUUCUAAGGACAAUGUGGGCAUUAUGAACAAUUUGCUUUGGGUGGGGGGUAGGACACUGGGUGGUUUUAUGGACGGAGGGUUGGACUCCUUGAGGGUGGUGGGUUUUAUUUGGGUGUAUAAUGGACGGAGGGAUGGACUCCAUGUGGAUGGUGGGUUUCAUGGGUGUGUAAUGGACGGAGGGAUGGACUCCAUGUGGGUGGUGGGUUUAUUUGGGUAUGCAAAAGACGGAGAGAUGGACUUAGUUGGGUCUCUGCAGCUAUGCAUGUCAAAAUGGCCUGAGUGACUGCUCUGCUCUAAAGAGUGAUUGCUAAAGAUCUAAGGUAUACAUGUGUAGUGUGUAUGAUGGGCUGUACAUGGACACUUUUUUAGUAUAUUACUCAUUUAAUUUUAUCUACUCUGUAACUUGUUAAUGAAUCUACCUAUGGCACACUAGUAAUUUCUUUUUUGUACGUUUUUGCAAAGAUAUGAUCAUGUGAAACCUUUGGGGUCUUCUCCAGUUUAUUUUACUCAAGAUGCCUCACCUGCAGCCCCAGAUAUUCCUCCAGUGCCUCCCCCAACAGAAACCACUGCACCUGUCACCAAAAGUACCCCUUUACGACGAGAGAAGAAAUCUAUUGUUCUUCGAGACCGCAGUGAGUAUGUUGUAUGUUAAGAAAUAUUAAUUUGUAGGGAGGAACACUUCUAAAUGUUGGGAUUUACUAUGCUGUCCACGGUGGGAUCUUUAGCACAUUAAAUGACAAGAGGGUGAUCUGUAGUGGGAAAAGGUUUGAUCGAAUGAUUUUAAAAAUCUGCAACAUUUACUGAUGUAUUUAACCACAAAUGGUUUUGUUGUACACAGAAAAGAUUGGUGUAUUUAAAGGGACACUCCAGGUACCAAAACAAUUUCCUCUUAAGGAAGUUAUGGUGGCAGGAGGCCCACAGUGGCACUCUUACUUUUAGGGAUUUAAUUCUCAAACGGUUUAACCCAGUUGUUGUCUCCACUGGAGACAACUUUGGGGUUAAACCUUGCAGUUUCCAGACUGCAUCAGACUUUUGACUCUUCAGAUUCAGGAAGUGUGGCGUACCGCCAAACAGAGGUGUCGCUAAUUGGCUGAUGCCCUCAGCCCAUCAGGGUUUAAAUGCCAUUCACAAAAUUGACUUGGAAAAUAAAUUUCUUUCUAAGUCAGUUUUGUGAAUGAAGUGACUAACUGGUUGAGAGUGUCAGCUGACCACUCUCAGCCACUAGGCAGCACUCCACGCUUCCUGAAUCUGAAAAUUCAGAAGUCAGAUGCCGCUUGUGGGGAGUGGACAUCACUGCUGGAGGCAACAUUUGGGUUAAACAUUUUGAAAACACUUUAACCCCUUGAGGUUAGAAAGUGUCCCUUUAAGUUGGGCAUGCAACAUUCUAUCAUACAAAAAAAUUAAGUAACAGGGUGCUAUAUAAAAUCACUUCAUGAGUAAAACCUGUAUCAAAGUUAAAAUAUUCUAAAGGAAAGCUACACAUUUAAAAGUACACCCCCCCCCAAACAAAUCUAAUACAUGAAGCAUUCUAUGUUCAAAUAACAUUGCUAAGUAAAUAUAGUACAUGCUAGAGAUCAUCACUCUUAUAGGAUGGCAGGAAAAUAAAUACUGUAAGUGUGUGAGUUGGAGGAAUAUUUUUUUUAAAUGCCAUUGUGUUUUAUAAUAUAAGUAGUUAAGAGACUUUAUUAGUGUGUGCAGCAUUUUCUACAUUUGGAUUUUACCCUUAAAGCUUGCUGAAAUGCUGUAGAUGUGUGGAGUAUGUCAUUUUAAUGCUAGUUUAUAAAAGUGCAGAGAAGAAUUUUUAUCGAUGGAUAGAAUGGUCUCAUAGAGAUUGCUCGUCUGAUUGGAUGAAUGUAUCUCUUGUCAUUUUUAGGAAUCGAAACCUUGCAGUGUAAAUAUUGCCGACCCUGCAGAAUGGCAGUUUUACAUUGCUGGGUUAUGGGGAUAUGGCGUACAGCAGUGAUAAAAAUGGAAUGAAGGGAGACACUUUCAGGAUGUGUUCCUCAUGUAAAGAGCUGCAUGCUGUGCUCACUAUUUCUGACUUUUGUACCGGCAUGAAAACAGUCCUUACUAGUGUAAUACUGCAUGACGUCUGUGUCCUCCCACCCCCUCUCUCCCAAGCCCUGGUCUGGCUUUUUUGCCCAUACCACAGCCCCUCUAUCCAGUGGUAAUUUUGGCGGCAAAUUUCAAUUUAGUUUUAGUCAGUCUUUUAGUAGCCAUUUUAAUCUACUAAACUUGUUGGUCUACAAAAGUAAUACUUGUUUCAUGGAGUUAAACUCUGUGAAACUGCUGGAAGUGCCUCUAGUGUCUGGUAGACAGCCACUAGAGACAGUCUUAACACUGCAAUGUAAACAUUGCAGUUUCUCUAAAGCAUCACUGUUUUACAUUGCAGGGUUAAGGGAACAGGAACACUGAACCAAAACAAAUUCAAUGAGAUGAAGUGACCUGGGUGCCUGUAGUGUCCCUUUUAAAGAACGGGAGGGUAUGUAACCUCUUUGUUUGUGUAAGAGGGUCUGAAAUCCUUCCCACUGAGAAUACACUUUACAGAAACAAUUUGCUUAUUGAUUGGAGGAUAAAGUGCUCUUUCCUACCCAUCCAGAUCUUUGUGUAAUCACUGAUGAAAAGUCACGAUCAAAUCCAGCACCCAACCCAGAGCACAGUAAUGACAUGCACGGGACUGAUGGGGAAGUGAAGCCACACUCUUACCUGGAAGCGAUUUGCACAGGUCUUGAAGAGGUAGACCUUGCCCAGUCACUUCCUGAGGAUACUGAACAGCUUUGCCCUUAUGCUGCAGCAGGAACGUGUCAUUAUGGUGAAGAAUGCCCAUAUCUCCAUGGGGAACUGUGUGACAUCUGUGGGCUGCAAGUUCUUCAUCCCUAUGACCAGGAACAGAGGAAAGCACAUGAAAAGGUGACUAUCUGUAAAUUACAUGUAGAAGUUGCAGCUUGUAAAUACCGUGUAUGCUCUAGCUGUGUAUUAACCUGUUUUGUGUCAGUCCAUCUGUGACCUGAUGUUUUCAUCCUUUUAAUAGUUGUGUAUGGCAAAUUUCGAACACGAGAUGGAGAAAGCAUUUGCGUUUCAGGCAAGUCAGGAGAAGGUAUGCAGCAUCUGUAUGGAAGUUGUGUACGAAAAAUCAUCCGCUUCUGAAAGGAGAUUUGGGAUCCUCUCAAACUGCAAUCACACCUAUUGCUUGGCCUGCAUCAGACAGUGGCGAUGUGCCAAACAUUUUGACAAUCCUGUCAUAAAGUAAGUACUUCCCAUUAGAAUUUUUUGUUUCACCCUACUUUUGUAUGCACUAUAUCAAACUCCUGUGAUCAGGUUGCAUCAUAGGACAUAAAAGGCCAGGUUAUUCCAUCACUUCCUCUUCCUUUUCUGCUCACUCAGUUAAAGGAUACCUGUACUGUAAUUUAUCAGUUGCAGCAUUAGAUUCUAUUUGUAUUUUUAAUCUAUACAUUAUGCUAGCAAAUACAUGAUUUGCCAAUAUUGUAGGACUUUUCCUCACCCUCCCUGGCAGACACACUAUCAACAUUUGUUCCAGCUUUAGCACUGGGACCUCACAUGCACGUCCGAAGUGGUGUGCCAGGCAUUGGUGAAAUCAUUUGAGGCAUUCCAACAGUGAGGCAGUGCCCAGGAGAUACUUUACUCCCAGUAAAGGCAUGAUCAUCUGGGCACGAACAGCUGGAGAAUAGGGAAGUAUCCUUAAAAACCAGGAGAAGCUCAAUUGGAACAUAUGCAGGGGGAAAAACUUAAUGUUUGGUUCUCUUUAAAGAAACCCUAUACUCACAGAACCAUUACAGCUUAAUUUAGUGGUUUUGAUGUCUAUAGCCGGUCCCUGCAGGCCUAUUUAUUUAAAGUAAAUGAUGCCUUACUAGAUAAAAGGUCACUAGAUGUGCUGCACUUGCGUUUAGUGUCUCCAUGAUGCUGAAUCUUCCCUAACUAGAUGCAUUGAUUCAAUUAAUCUGAGGAAAUGCUGAGUAGCACUGUGCAGUGUUUUUCUGUAAAUGCGCAAUAGCCCUCCUAAGGGAUUGGCUGAGAUCAAGACUUCAUCCAUGGAGGCAGGGCCAGCCGCAGCUAGACCAGAGUGUGAGAAAGGGUGAGUAAAAUUAUUUUCAGCGCAAUCGAAGUGGCCAAUAACCUAAAAUGCCACAUGAGUACUAUGGUGUCAAAAAAUGCUUGGUUUUAUUUUUUGUAGCUAUACAGUCUAACAUAUAAAAUAGGGCUGUACUGUAGGUCCACCAUACAUGAAUUUGAUUCAAAGUUACUCUCAAUCUUUGGUGAAUUUAUAAGCCCAUCACAUGAUACAUCAACUCUGGAUGUGUAACACCUUCUAAGUACUCAGUUAAAUGUAAAAGAAAUGAUAAAAUUACAUAGUGCAACACCUUCUAAAACCACUUAGCUGCUUUAUUGUGACAUACUUACAAGAUUAAAACAUAAAGCAGGCUCAUAAAACCUAAAUCAAAGGAAUCCACUCAAAAUGUUAAAGGAGCACUAUAGGGUCAGGAACACCUGUAUUCCUGACCCUAUAGGGUUAAAACCACCAUCUAGCCACCCUGGUCCCCCCAUUCCUCACUAAAAAAUGUAAAAUCUUACUAGUAUUCAAGUAUGGAGGCUCUGGCUCAGUUUCCUCUAGACCUGCCCAUUGCCUGCUGACAUCAGCAGAAGUGGUAGCCUGAUCCAAUCAGAAUGCCAUAGGAUUGGCUGAGACUGACAAAGAGGCAGAUCGGGGCAGAGCCAGCAUGAUUCAAACACGGCCCUGGCCAAUCAGCAUCUCCUCAGAGAUGAAUUGAAUCAAUGGAUCUCUGAGCAAAGUUCAGUGUCUGCAUGCAGAGGGAGGAGAUACUGAAUGUUUGGAUGCAUUUUAGGCAGCCAUGACCCAGGAAGGAUCUCUAACAGCUAUCUAAGGAGUGACCUGUGACGUUAUCACAAGGCUGUAAUGCAGGACUGUCCAACCUGCGGCCCCCAGAUGUUGAUGAACUACAACUCCCAUGAUUCCAUGGCUACAUGUUUAAUUGAAAGAAUCAUGGGAGUUGUAGUUCAUCAACAUCGGGGGGGCCGCAGGUUGGACAGGCCUGCUGUAAUGUAAACACUGCUUUUUCUGUGAAAAGACGGUGUUUGCAGCAAAAAGCCUGAAGGUAAUGAUUCCACUCACAGAACAUAUUCAAUAAGCCGUAGUGGUUCUGGUGACUAUAGUGUCCCUUUAAAGUGCACGUGCUCCGAUAAUAGAAUGUUGCUUCUUCAAAGUAUGUUGCUAAGGCAAGAUAAAAUAAAUACAAAAUUAAUUGUGCCAUUUAAAACAAAGCUCUUACUACGAAAACUUCACUGUUCAAACCACUCUUCAGAUAGUCGGCAUAAUGUUCAUGGGGCAUUUUAUAUUGCCUCUUCCGUCAGGCAUGAAACGCGUUGAGUUUAGUUUUUAUGUCCUAAUUAAUCUUGUUUUUGGCCUCCGAACAGCUCCUCUGGUUAUUUCCCCAUGACGAGACUGAAAGUCUCUUCUGGGGGUAGAAAAGGGAGUGCUUGCAAAGGCUGCAGUUCAGAAGAUCUGCAGCCUUUGCAAGCAGUUUUAAAAUAUACCCUUAAUGAAUACCUGCAUGAAAAAAUCAUGUAUUCUCUGGGGUAUAUCUACUAAAGAGUGAUUUUCUGCUUUUUGUCAGUUUAGGCAGUGGAGUGUUCCUUCAACUAUACAGGUUACCUGAAUUACAGUGCUCUGUUCAUCAUGUAAACCAGACUGCAUUGAAAUUACAGCUAGGUUGUAGGACAUUUGUAAGAUUGCUACAACAAAUUGAGAUUACAGUACCCUUUAAAUUAUUUAAUUGUUUUCACUGUAUAAACAUGCUUAUUCAUGGUCUUUGGGUAAAUAUCAGCAUAAACUGGUUUAUUGGGAGAGAAAAAACUAUUUGCUUACAAACAAAUCAUUUGAUACAAUUUCUGUAACAAACAGAAUUCAGCGUUAUGAGCGUUUGGAGGGAAAUUGUAAAUAUUUAUUGACUCUUCUCUAAAAAAUUUUUUUUUUUUUUGUCUUUAGAUCUUGUCCAGAGUGCCGUGUAAUAUCUGAGUUUGUGAUCCCGAGCGUAUAUUGGGUAGAAGACCAAAGUAAGAAAAAUGAGCUGAUUGAAGCAUUUAAACAAGGGAUGGGGUAAGUGCACCAUGGGGAUUUGGGGCAGAGUGUUUUAGUGGUUGCAUGUGUUGGUUUUUUAUAUUUACUGGCUGAUCACGGCUACAUGCCCCAUGCUCCGUACUAGUUUUAAUAUUUUACAUUUUUUAAUCUUUAAUCUUGCUUAUUUACUAAUAGAGUAUUUAUUUUUUUACUUGGUACUAGUAAAGCUGGGUGCAAGACUAUAAUUGAAAAAGGAAGGUCUUUUUGAAAUCUUGGUCUUUCAGGUUUUUAGUAGAUAGCCCCCUUAUACUUGUGGGAUUGCCAUUUUUGGUACCCUUAAAUAUGGCAAUCCCACAAGAGUACUAAUUUAGGGACUGAUCUAAUAAGUGGCUGCAAGAUGCAGCAGUGGCUUGGAUUGGAAUUUUAUCCAAACUGUAAUGGACGAACUGUAAAAAUUUGGUUCGGACAAAAUGGUCAUUUUGGCGACUCCCAAGUGUUUUAUAGGAUGUCUGGAAAGGUUCGAAUGUAGGCAACACAAGAAUAUGGAGGAAAGAGGUAGUCUGGGCAAAACUUACUAGACACAGGAAGUGGAGCUUACUCAGGCUCCUCCUUGUGUCUAAGAAGGUAAGACUGAGUAAAAAAAUACACAAAACAAAGUCCCUACUUCGCCUUAUGUUAUUAGUUGGAAAUAGCUGAAAAAUAGAAAAUAAAGACUGAGUAGGGAAGAGAAAGCAAUUGAGAAAAGGCAAGAACGGCAUGAUAUUGCUACUUUAAUUCUCCAUCUCCAGCUACCCACAUCUGUCUGCUGAGCGGGAGGUCCGAUUUCUAUGGCAACAUGAAUUAAAUACUUUUUUUUUCUUUUUAUCUUUUUUUUUUUUUCUUGAAGUGAGUGAUCAUUGACUAGUAACAAGUAAUUAUUCUAUGUUCUUGACUAUCUACCGGUUUGUAAAUAAAUCUGUGCCUUCUUCUUUCACUCUUCAGGAAAAAAGCCUGUAAGUAUUUUGACCAAGGACGAGGAACCUGUCCUUUUGGAUGGAAAUGUCUGUACAUGCACGCAUAUCCUGAUGGGAGCAGAGCUGAGCCAGAAAAACCACGCAAACAACAUGGAUCUGAGGGCAAUGUCAGGGUAAUGAUUUUUAUAGAAUAAAAUGCCGUAUUCAGAUGUAUCGGACUGAGCAUGUCCCUAUAUGCGGAGUAACUGGUCUUACUUUUGUGUUUUUUCAUGUAUAUAUUUUUUAUUUGGAGCGCAAAAAAACAGGUUGCAAGAGUAUUCUGAGAACGGACAGCAGCUGAAAUAGCCUGCCCUUUGGUGGGUCCCCGCUCAGAACUCAAGCUGGUUUUAGCUCAUCUUGUGCCAUUACAGAAAGAACAUAUCUGAAGCAGAUCAGACUGGUCCCACCCAUAUGGGCAGUCCAGAUCCGAAAUGCCAGCAAGUUCCCUCUGCACGAGAGAUCCCGCAACCCCAGACGAUCGUUUCAGCUUUGUUAGGCAUCAUCAGUGAGGCAUAGCUGAUAUCUCUCUAGGCACCGUGAGCAAGGGGUCCAAGUCUGGAUUACCCUUUAAACUUAUGGAGACAUGGACCCCUUGUUCACGGUGCCUAGGGAGAUAUCAGCUAUGCCUCACUGAUGCCUAACAAGGCUGAAACGAUAGUCUGGGGUUGCUGUAUCUCUCGUGCAGAGGGAACUUGCUGGAAUUUCGGAUCUGGACUGCCUGUAUGGGUGGGACCAGUCUGAUAUGUUUCAGAGAUGUUCUCUCUGUAAUGGCACAAGAUGAGCAAAAACCAGCUUGAGAACUGAGCGGGGACCCACUGAAGGGCAGGCUAUUUCAGCUGCUGCUUGUUCUAAGUAUUCUCUUGCGACCCAUUAUUUUGCUCUCCGUAUAUUUUAUUUGAUUUUCAAAAAUAUAAAAUAUCACAUUCGCGUAGACAUAAAUACAAAAACAUUUUCUCUUUGUGUGUAUAUAUAUAUUUUUUUGCUCUAAUAAAAUUGUAAGGUUUGUUCUGAUUGUAGAUAUGGUUUUUGUCACAUGUAAACAUUUAAGACCAUAACUUCAUCGUAUCUUCUCAUUUCUCUCCGUUUUUUUUUUCCAUUUUCUUCCUUUCCCUUUACUUUUCUAUCCUUUCCUUCCUCUUCUUCCCCUCUUUCUUUCAUUCUAUUUUUUUUUUCAUUUUCCUUCCCCCUUCUCUAUCUUCCCUUAGUUCUCCCUUCUCUGUUCGCCAUCCCUUCUCAUUUUUUGUUAUUCUCAGUCUUCCUUUUAUUCUUUAAUUUUUUGGAUCCAAUCUGCCCAUCUCAAUUUUUAUAUAUGUAUAUGUGUGUGUGUUUGUCUCUCAGAGGGCCUGAUAUAUACAAAUUCGGCAUCCAUAAGCGUAGAAUACACAUACGCUCACAAAUGCCCUCUCAUCUAGUAUUGAAGGCCAGACCAUAUGACAGAGUAUUGCUAGAAGGAAUUUAACAGACGUAGUGGGAUGAUAAAGGAAAUAGCACAAACAUCACAAAUGCCCUAGUGCCCACUGACCCCGGUAGCAACCCUGCACCCACCAUUUGCGACCAUGUUAACGCUUACAUAAAAUCCAAUUACCUAAAUAGGAGGUUGACCAGAAUUACCAGACUUCCUUGAUCCAUUUGGCAUGGAGUCAAAGCAGUAGUUGAGUUAACCUAUUGAACUUGUCUCUUAAAGAAGUCUGGUAAUUCUGGUCAACCUCCUAAUUAUGUAAUUGAAUUUUAUGUAAGCGUUAACAUGGUGGGAUCGGUAUAGGGUGCAGGGUUGCUACCGGGGUCAGUGGUCACUAGGGCAUUUGUGAUGAUUGUGCUAUUUCCUUUAUCAUCCCACUACUUCUGUUGUCAAAUUACUUCUAGCCUUCGUCCCCUGCCCCAAUACUCGCUGUCAUAUGGUGCGACCUUCAAUACUAGAUGAGAGGGAGUUUGUGAGUGUAUGUGUGCAUUCUACACUUAUGGAUGCCGGAUUUGUAUAUAUCAGGCCCUCUGUGUGAGAGGGCCUAAGGAAAAGUGAGAGAGAGAUGGAAAGCAGUAAGAGAUGAGGGGAGGGGGAAGGGACAAGCCCAGCUCAGGGAGGGGGCCAGGAGGGCCGGGGGGGGGGGGAGACUGGGAGGGGGGCAAACGCGCCCCAGUAAUCUCCCUAAUCAGCCAGGUAGAGACUGCACAUUUUAAGGGUGAUUAGGGAGAGGAAAAAAGAAUGAAACAGGACAUUUUCUCAAAGGUACAAAUCAGGCUAUGCAGACAUCAGUGAAUUAAUGAAAAAGGGGGAGAGUUUUCCUAUGUUGGUGCACAGUUAAUUAACAUGCAUACUCGGCAGUAUUAAACAAGACCUGUAUAGAGCAGGCUUAAGAGUUGUAAACCACUGGGUGCUUGAGACGUGUCUGCAUCUAGCUAAGCAUGAUCGGAAACAAACCACUGAACUAAAGAAAUAGACUUAUUCUAGUAAAACAAAAGCAGAGUAUUCAUUGAUGCUAGUGCUUGUAACGGUCAGGAGGCAACAUGUAUCAGCAUAUUUAGAGCUGCCUGUAAGUCUCGGUAUGUACACUGUGCUACUGUGGUCAGGCAGUCAUCCUAUGCCCAUGAUUGGGAAGCAGCCAGCAAGCAGGUGUAGGGACCAUAUCCAAGUUGGGACACUCCGCAGGCCCCAGGCCUUCUCAAGGGCCCUCAUUCAUUUCCCACCGCUCCGGUCACUUUCAGCACCACAAGUGACAUCCCAGGCGGUUGUAAGAUGGUGUCCCGUCCAGAUAUGUGGUAGAAGCAUCAGGGUGGUUCCCUUUCGGGCCCUCAUCCCAGGAAGGCAAAUGUGGGCAUUGGCUUUUAUGGGCUAUAGUCUCUGCUUUGUUGGUCUCCGUUUCCUAGAGGCUUUGUGCGGUCUCUGCUUCCCGCCAGCUAUUCGGUAUGGAUUUUCAGAUGGUGAGUAUUGUGGUUUAAUAGGGUUCAGCUGCUCACUUGUUCUGCAUUUUCUGCCAGAAUUUAUCGAGGAGCUUGUCCAGUUGCUGCUCAAGUGUCUGUAGUCAGUUUAGUGAGUCUGCACAUUUGAUGAUGUGCUUGUCGGGGGGGGGGGAGGGAGAUGGGAACAGCUAGGAGCUGCCGGGUGAAGGACUCUGAGAGGUGCCUGUCUCUCCUCCAUCCACUUUUGAGUAGGCUGCAAGCCUGAUUGACCGGAUUCCGGGUCUGAAACUGGCAGGUUUUGGUACUGUUGGAUACACCGGCUUCUCCUUGUCUGGGAGAUUGCGGUAUCCGUCCUGAGUGGCAAGUGGCUUGGGUGUCUAGCAGAUUAACAGUCCCGGUCUGUGGAGCUUAGAUGAUGUAUGUCUGCUGCGUUCUGCCUCCAGGCUCCGCCCCCACCCCCCCAACAUUUUGAAUUUUUUGCAAUGAUUAUAUUGGUUGCCCAGAGUAUAUGUAUUAUAAAAUGUUAUGCUUAUCCAUUCUUUGCAAACCAACAUGUAGCAGGUGUGAAGUUCAAUUUAAUUGUCCAUUUUGAAAAAAUUUUUUUUUUAUCCAGUUAGACAUUUUGCCACAUCUUAAAUUAUCUUGAGGCAUUAUAUUUAUAUGGCGGCAAGAAAUUCCACAGCGCUUUAGUGGGUGAACGAACAAACGUGUAGUUGUAACCAGACAAGUUUGACACACAGGAACAGAGGGGUUGAGGGCCUUGCUCAAUGAGCUUACAUGCUAGAGGGAGUGGGGUAAAAUUACACAAAAGUUAAGGUACAGACACUCAUUGAGACUAAUGACAGUUGCAGGAGUGGAAUCAGUCGGGAGAUAUUAACAGUUUAAUUGAUACGCUUUUAUUAAGUGGGGUUUUUUUAAUAAAUUUUUUUAUUUUUGUUCACAUUAUAACAGACAAGCUUGCUGUGUCAUGACUGCACGAGCAAGCCAAGAAAUAGAUAUACAGAGGCAUGACCUUCAUGUUACUGCACAUUUUUUUUGAAAAUGUAAGGAUCUUGAGUGAUGCAUGAGUAAGCAUAACAGUGGGUAUAACUAAGAAGUUUAACAAAGUAGGUAACUGCUGUUAUAGGGUUAAUUACGCUCAUCUGUGUGCUUAAACGUAAGUGGAGAAAUAUAUCCCUGGGUACGUGUAAUUAAGACAUGUAUAUGAACUUGCUGGUUAGGUGCGCCAAACAUUUAGCUAGGUAUAUCCUAGGCAUAACAGUCUGGGCCUAGUAGUAAGGCAUAGUAAGGUAUUACAUGUAGCGUGGUGUAUGCUAGGUAGGAGUGAGGUAGAGAUAAGAAAAUCACAGCAUAACAUGCUAGAAUUAACACUGGAGAUAUGCCACUGGCCUCUGUCACCGAUUUUAUAUGUAGCUGAGACUAUAGGAAUAUAACAUCUGAUUACGUAGACAGGUUAGGCUUAACAUAGAGCAGGUUCAGGGUCACUAGUGGCUAGCUGAUUUCAAAGAUGGUAUGCUAUGAUAAAAGCCCUGAACUUGUUGAGGUAAUGGGUUCCCUUUUUGGUUGAGUUGACAGGGUACUUAAGAUAUAUGUAUAUUUGUCUAGCUUUAGUUCCACUUGGUACGAGCAAGAAAAUUACACUUGAAAAGAUAGUAGGCAUAAAGAAAAUACAAAUACUGCAUGAAAACUGGCACUAUAGGCAUGAAUAGUGAAGUCUCCUGCUUGGUAGGGACCUCACUGGUCAAUGAUUUGUGUACAGUCAGUCGAUUCCCAUGUCUGGGAUACAGAGACCUUGGAAAUGGGGGUUCAGUGAGGCAGCACAAGUCCAGGAGUUAUAUGGGGUUUCCCUCCGGCCCCUGAGUCUUUGGCCUGCAAUUGUGUGCCACUUAUCCGAGCCUGCCAACAGUCCUUGUCCCUCUCCGAUGGGGAGGGGCGGAAUGCCUUGCUGGUGUAUUGCCGCGGGUAGCGGUAGCGCUGCUGUCUGCAUGGUCGCUGCUUCGGGGUCGUUCCCUGCGUGGUGCUUGGUGCAGUGAUAGAUCUGUGGCUGCUCUGUUGCCCCAGCCCAAGUUAAGAUGAAGGCCGUUCCCCCGCGGCUUGCGGUAGGGCCCUCGGGAUUGCCGGUCCCUGUGUACCUUUAUGGGUGUGUGGGCGGGAUGCUUGCCCUUGUGGUUUCCCAGCCCAGAAGAGGACCUGGUGGUCCCAGUUUCAGUCUGCUGUGUGACACGGGGUUGGGCAGUGAGGUUGGCUGCGAGGGAGCCGGGGACCAGGCGCAGCAGCCAUUUUGUGUGUACCUGGUGGGUUUUGAGGUGAGCUGUCAGCCUGUUUUGCUUGCACUUGCUGCAGUUGGUGCAGGGCCAGUUUCCUCCAAAAUUCGGCGAAUAUCGCAUCCAGCCUCUGCUUGCUCAGUGAGGCAGUUAGUGACUCUCCAUGCCCUCCCAGGGUUGCGUGGGUGAGAUUGUGACUUUUGACUUUGGUGCCUUCUGUGGCUGCCUGAAUUUGUUCUGCGGUGUCUCUGUACGUAGCCCCAGUGAGGACCGGGAUAACCCCCACCGGUCCAAGGGGGAGGAGGUUACAGGGCUGUUGUGUGCUUUCUGUUGGGCACCUGUUAUGUACCGCGGGAUCGGCCGCCUCCUCCAUGCACGUGGCUCUGCUCAGAUUUAGGCCGCAUGGCUGGGCAGUAUCGUAGCGUGUUUGUAAGGGACGAGUUUCCCCAUGGACCCAGCUUGUUCCUGCUUCGUUGUCCGGUCAGCCCGAGCUUCUUUGGGUGUCGCUUUGAUCAUAAAUCGCUUGUCUUUUGCUCGUUGGUGCCGGAGCUCUUAGAAGGUGCUGCCGGCCAUCUUGACUGUCAGGCCCCGCCCCAUGAAGUGGGUUUUAAAUGAUUUUUUUUUUUUUUUUUUGAAGGAGUGGAGACUGGGUGAGCAUCUAACGGAGGAGGGAAGGGAGUUCCACAGGAACAGUGCAGCCCUCAAAGUCUUGAAGGCGAGCAUCAGAGGUGAGAGUACAGACAGAAGAUAGACUUAAAGGACCACUAUAGUGCCCUGAGGGUGCCCUAUUUAUAAACAUAGCAGUUUCUCUGAAACUGCUAUGUUUAUAGAAAAAAGGUUAAACCUAGCUGGACCUGGCACCCAGACCACUUCAUUAAGCUGAAGUGGUCUGGGUGACUAUAGUGGUCCUUUAAGUCUUUAGCAGAUCGUAAGGGCGUAGACUGGACAUACUUGUGUAUUAGGGUGGAUAGAUAGGUGGGAGCAGCACUAUAUAGAGAUUUGAUAACAAGAACCAGAAUUUUAAAUUGAGCCCUAUCUUACAGGAAGCCAAUGUAGGGACUGUCAGAAGUGGGAGGUGCGGGCGGACAGGAAGAUGGACCUCGCCGCCGCUUUCAUUAUGGACUGUAACGGUGCAAGUUGGGAGCAAAUAAGACCACUGCAAAGCAGAUUACAGUAGUUAAGGCAAGAUAGGACAGUGGAAUGGACCAGCACCUUAGUCGCAUCUAGUGUUAAGUAUGGUCGGAUGCACGCAACAUUUGAGAUGGAACCGUCAGGAAUUGGCGAUAGAUUGAACAUGAGGCAUGAAGGAGAGGUCGAAACACCUAGGCAGUGAGCCUGUGUGGUGGAGCUGAUGGUAGCACCACUGACUUGUAGGCAGACACAGGAGUAGCAACACCAGUUAGAAAUAGCAGAGGCACUCAUACACUAAUCAAGAGGGACAGGGAAAGAUCAGGAGAGGACAGAUUUGUGUAUAUAGAAAUUAUAUUGGAAGCCAAAGGAGCUAAUGAGUUUAUUUAGGGAGGCUGUAUAGAUGGAGAACAGUAGGGGACCAAGGACUGAAUCUUGGGGGAUACCAACAGAGGAGUUGGGGAGAAGUAGAGCCAGAGAAAGAAACGCUGAAAGAGCAUUGAUCUUGUAAACCGAUCUUGCGGAGGAUGAGAAGAAGCUGUUGAUGAUUAAGUGUCAAAAGCCGCAGGAAGGUCAAGGAGAAUUAAGAUAGUGUAGUAACCACGAGACUUUGCAGCGAGUAGAUAAUUGGAUACUUUGGUCAGUGCUGUUUCCACAGCGUACGUAGCGCGGAAACCAGACUGAAGCGAGCAGAGAAUUGGACUCUAAGUCUGUCAAUCUCUCAUACACAAAUCUUUCAAGGUUCUUGGACGCAAAAGGCAGUAGCGAGAUGGGCAGUUGGACGGGGAGUUGGUGUAAAGGUUGGGCUUACUUCGAAUUGGGGUUAUAGUUGCAUGUUUGAAGGGCGAUAGAAAUAGGGGGGAGAGAAUCUUAGUGAGGUAUAGAAAGAGAAGAGUGCGGAUGAGAUGCGUGGGAAUUGGAUCUAGGGAGCAGGUGGUGGGGUGGGAGGACUGGAGCAGAGCAGAAACCUCUUCCACUGUAGCGGGUGCAAAUGAACAUAGAACAGCAGAGUGGGUGAGGUAAGGGGAAGAAACAAGAGAUCUCUUCCCUGAUUGUAGAGAUCUUGUCAGUGAAGUGAGUUGCAAAGUCUGAGGCGGUCAAGUUAGUAGGUGGAUGAGGAACAAUAGGGCAAAGAGUUAAAUGUGUGAAAUAGUAGUUUGGGUUUGCAGGAGAGUGUGGUUAUGAGGGUAUUGAAGUAAUGUACUUUUGCAGAGGAAAGAGCCAAACUGAGUGCAGCAUAAAUUUAUAGUGGAGAAAGUCAGACGCCCAGUGAGACUUUCUCCAACAGCUUUCAGCAGUUCUGGAGCAUUUUUGGAGGUAUCCAGUCCACUUGGUAUGCCAAGGUUGUUGGGGUGCUUGCUGCGUUUAAAUGUAGCGGAACAGGAGUUUCUGUUUUCCUGUACCCGGUCGGACUGACAGGAAGGUGCACACUGAGCGUGCACCUUCCUAUCAGUCCGGCCGGCCACCGCGGACAGUAGAGCGGCUCGGCCACGCUACAGGGGAGGUGAGUACCAACUGCAGCCGCCUGAGCGCUCUUGACAGAGCGCUCAGGUGGCUGCAGUAUUUAAAGGGCCGGCGUAUAACACGCACCCACAAUUUCUCCCCUAUUUUCAGGGAGAAAAAGUGCGUGUUAUACGCCGAUAAAUACGGUACAUACAGGGCUGGCAAAACUACACUUUAGCAUGACAGACAAGAUAUAAAGGCAAGAGAAUACACAAUGCACUCAGGAUAUAUAAAAUAAAUGUACAGCAGGGUGGUUACAUUAAAUAUAAAUGAUGCUGUGCAGGAUAGUCUUAGUGUGGUCUUCCAGAAGGCUACCUUUGCUUAUUGCAGAUGAUCAGCUGAUGGGACACUGACUUUCUUACAGCAGUAUUGGGGCUUGAUAGUUUGGCAAAUGUGAAUAUAAACCGCUCAUUGCUUCGCAUUUCCAAAAUGUUGGUGGGUUGCUUGGAUAUAUAAUUGAUAGCUUUAGUGGAUCAUAAAACAAUCUGUUAACCAAUUGAUAUUGUGUUUCUAUUAAAUUAAGGCAGUGGAUGGCAUUUUUGGUUUGUUUCAGUAUCUUUAGCCAUUAUAAUUUAUUUUAGUCUGUAAUUCCUUAUUCCAUAUAUUUGUAGCUUGUAUAGUGGGAUAUUUCUCAGAUACAUUAGGUGAGAUUUUUAUCAUUUAAUUUUAUUUGGGUCAUUUAAAAUUUGGAAAGUGUUUUGAGUUUUGUUGAUUUUAAUCUCUUGAUAGAAAACUUUAUUCUGUAUGAGAAUCCUUCAUUUGAGUUCUCUUUUAAUCUGAUUAAAAUAUUUUAUUUCAUUAUUUGCGAUAACAUUUUAUUUGUUUGACACCAUUUUGUUUCCGUUGUCUGAGAUUGAUUUCUGUUUAUUUCUACAAUUUCUAUUGGGAGGUUAUCUACAAGUUUCCCUUUGAUUCUUAAUUUGGUCUUUAAAUUUUUCCAUAGUAAAUCUAGAUCUUCGAUCACCAUAGAUGAUUUUAUUUAGGUUUUCUAUCCAAUUUCCAGAAUAUAUAUCUUAUUUAUUUAUCGUCUGGUUUGAUACUGUUCACUUUUGGUACCAAGGUGCUUCCUUAUUUAGAGUGUUAAUGAUGCAACUUAUUCCACAAACUUCAUUUAUUUGGAAAACCUUUUGUUCCCCCCUCCCCUUGUGUCUUGGGGGGGAAGCAAGAGUGAGGGUAGGAUCUGGUAACUGGCAAGAAGGGAAGGAAAGAGGUAGAAGAAACAAAAAAUUACAUAUAUUAUUCCAUGAUUAUGCACUCACAUUUGUAGUAUAAGUGCCACUGUGCUCUUUCAGCCACCUCAACAUCUCCACGAAGAUAGGCACACGCUGGGCUCUUUUGAACAAAAAGCCCAGCGUGUGCCUUUCUUCAUGGAGAUUUGAGAUGUAUAUCUAUAUAUCUUGUCUUACUAAUGUCUGAAAUUUUUUUUUUUAUAUAUAAAUGCUCAGCUGAGGAAACUUGAGUUUUUAAAAAAUAUUUACAGGUGAUUUUGAAGAGGAGAAAUUUUUAAAAAAAUUCACAAGUGUACUAAACUUGCCUUGUUGGUUCUAAUGCAGUUCUUCAAUUCUGUGCGACUGUGGGACUUCAUUGAAGAUCGUGAGAACAGAGGCAUACCAAAUCUUGAAGAUGAAGAAUCUGAUCUGGGAGACCUUUUCAUGCACCUGUCGGGAGUAGACCAAGAAGCUUCUGCUGCAUCAAAUUAA